AUGCGGUCGUCCAUUUUACUGGCAGCAUGUGCGCUUGCUGUUAUCAGCACUACCAAGGCUCAAGAUAUCUCAGAGGCUCUGCUAGAUGUACCAUGGAAGACCAACAAUGUCAGAGUCAACGAUCUGGUCGUUGCUCUGACUCCCGAGGAAAAGAUCUUACUGGUUCAUCAUACCUUGUGGUCAGGAAGUCAGAAUUUUGCUGGCUAUAUCAAGCCGGUUCAGAGACUUGGGAUACCGGCUCUUCAGAUGACUGAUGGUGAAGCGGGAGUCAAUGGGGUCUUGAAUGCAACAGCAAUCCCAAGCCAGUUGAAUAUUGCAGCGACAUUCUCCCGAGAACUUGCAUACAAAGCCGGUUCGGUUGCAGGGAGCGAGGCGCGGCUGUUGAAUGCCACUCCUCGCGUGAACGUCCUCCGCGACCCGUUCGAAGGAUCCUUCUGGCAAGGCUAUUCCGAGGACCCGUACCUGAACGGACAACUGGGCGCACAAGCCGUGCAAGGAAUCCAAGACCAAGGCACAAUGGCCAACUCCAAGCAAACAGGCCCGAGCAGCACGGGCGCCAGCGCCGGCGACUUAAACUCCGAAGUCGAUCUGCAGGUCCUGCAUGAAGUCUACUGGGCGCCGCACCAGCCACUCAUCGACGCGGGCGUGGCAACCAUGAUGUGCUCGUACGCCCAAAUCAAUGGCAUUCCAGCUUGUCAGCAUGACGAGCUUCUUAAUCUCACUAUCCGCGGGGAUUACAAUUUCACAGGGGCCAUGAUGAGCGAUUGGACGGCGACGCACUCCACGGCGCCGUCGAUUAUUGCAGGCUUGGACUGGGAGAUGGGGUCGGAUACCUACUACUCCCAGCCUUUGUAUGAUCAGAUCUAUGUUCAGAAGAACAUCUCCGAGUCGUAUCUGAACAGGGCUGUUCACCGCAUUUUGUCGAUGUAUGACCGUUUUGGGAUCCUGGAUGGUAAUGGCGCUCAGGGAAACUCGACUGCAUUGCUUCUCGCUUCGAAGGAUCUGCCGCAAGACACGCUCAAGGCUGGACAGGAUGCUUCGUAUGACAUCGCCGUUCGAUCGGGUGUGCUUUUGAAGAACGAGGGCACCCUUCCUCUCGACGGACAUCAAAGUGUUGUUGUGCUCGGCGCAACAGGUCUGCAAUUGACCAACGGAGCCGGGUUCGCAGAACGGGCCUUUGGAUUCCAGAAUCGCAAGGUUGCGCCCGUUGACGCCCUGAAGAAAGCAUCCAAGGACCUGAAAGUCUCUUCGGCAAUCGGCGUUGAUAUGCACGGCACACUUGUGCCUGCAUCCGCCCUGAGAACUGUCAACGGCAAGCAUGGGCUCCUUCGAAAUGACUCAAUGGAAAGGACCAGCGUUGAUUCCACCCUCAGCUUCCAAGGGAAAAGCGCUCUUCCCGCAAAUACCAGCUAUACCUGGACAGGCGAGUUGCUUGCUCCCACUGCUGGAUACUACCGGCUUGCUCUUCAGCGUCAUUUCCCCGGCCCCGGAGGACCCGUCAACAGCACCGACUACAGCGUCUUCUCCCAUGACACGUUCACCAUCGACUCAAACACAGUCGAUGGCUACCGCAUCCUCGGCGACGGAGGAACCCGCCCCUGGAGCUCGCCGCUCCCGACAACCGAUUUCUGGGACGAAGCAGGAACAGACGUCUACCUCACAGCCGGCGCACACAAUCUCAGCGUCGCAGCGACAUCGCUGUUCGGCGAACCUCUCGAAAUCAGACUGCACUGGGUAACACCAGCACAGCGGGAGGCAAACAUCAAAGAAGCAGUCCGACAUGCCUCGGCAGUAGACGUGCCUAUUGUGUUCGCGCACGCGGCCAGCCCAGCCGAAGUAGGCAUGCAGCUCAUCGAAGGCUUCGACGACCUCAUCCACCGCGUCGCAGAAGUCAAUCCCAGAACAGUCGUCGUCCUGCACAAUGCAGAGCCGGUCCUGAUGCCGUGGCUGGACAAGGUCUCCGCCGUGCUGUGGAUGGGCCAUCCGGGCCAGGAAGGGGGAGCGGCGAUCGCGGACCUGCUCGUCGGCCAGCACACGCCCCAGGGAAAGCUGCCGGUCACGUAUCCCGCGUCGGUGAAUAGCAGCAUGACGCGCAACCCGGACUAUCCGAAUAGAGUGGACGGGCUGAAUGGCACGGCGGUGUUCUCCGAAGGCAUCAAUACCUCCUAUCGGUGGUAUCUGAGCACGAAGACGGCGGUUCUGUUCCCCUUCGGCUUUGGGCUUUCUUAUACGUCUUUCGACUAUAGUGAUCUGGAGAUUGUCGAGACUGCUUCUUCUGUCUUUGAUGUUUCGUUUACUUUGAGGAAUACGGGAUCCGUGGCUGGCGGGGAUGUGCCGCAAUUGUAUAUCGGGCCUCCUUCUGGUGCGGCGCGGAAGUAUCCCGGAAUCCAGUUCGCGGUGUCGGCUCUUGCUGGGUUUGAUUCGGUGGAAUUGUCGCGUGGGGCUGCGAGGAGGGUCACUUUCCAGAUCUCGAAACGCCAGUUGAGUUUCUGGAAUCAGGUGGACCGGUCGUGGGUUCUGGCUGAGGGUACGAGGGAGGUGUGGAUUGGGACGGAUGCGCAAACUGCUGUUUUGAAAGGGACUAUUGAGAUCUAG